ACAGCAGUCGAGGGCAGGACGGCACAGGGAAGGAUCGCUCGCUCGGAGCGCGCCGCGCGUACGGGAGGGACGCACUGAUUGACCAUCCGGGGCAUGGGGCGCCCCGUGCUGCACACCAGCGGAGCACGCUAGUCGCAUCCAACCCGUCCUGCCGAAGGCAUCUCUGUGAAACACCAGCGAGAUCAUCCCGGGGCAAAUAAGGAAGUCUCUGUCAAUCCACCGGGCGCCCGUGUCGGAGUCUUUUCACCGGCGAGGAAAGCGACCCUAUCCCCGUCCCGCCUUUACCGGUUUUAAGUGGCAGUGACAGUCUGGGCUGAGCUGCAGGUUUCGAACUCUCUCCUGGACGCGGGAUGGACUGAACGGUCGGGUUGCACUUUGCGACCUGAGCCAAGGAAGAUUCUGUCCAUUUCUUUGCGUGGAAUAAAAGGACUGCGCCCGCCCGGUGCUUUCGGGAUCAUUAUUAGGUUGUGUUUGGUCCGUCAAGUUCAGACUCAUUUUUGAUUCAUUUGUGAGUACAGUCACAAACCCUGGAGCAUAGAAGCUAUACACUCAUAGCUUUGAUUGUUUUCUUGGAAUAAUGGCCAGGUAAUAAGAAGGAGACUUUCGGGAGGAAUUUAAGUUCCAUUUUGGUGCGUAAUUCGGGCGGUGUGUGUGUGCGGUUGCUGAGCUGCAGAAGAAGUUGUGCCUCCCUUUUUUUUCCCUGCGUUAAAUUCCCCCAUUUUUUUCCAAUGGAGUAGGUAGCCGGUGAUCACUGUGAACGACUUUAAACACGCGGGGUUUAUUCUUGCUGGCCUGGAACAACCGGGCGGAUCGGAUGCGCAGAUUCUCCGAAGGACGGUAAAUGACUGAUGGGGAAUCAUGAACAGCUCUUCUGAACUCGAAGAUGGCACUCGGCACAAAAACCAGACGUUCUGUGAGUGUGUACCCAGCUCCUCCCAGCUCAAACAUCGCUGGUCAGACUCAGAAAGUGCCAGGGAGACCCCGGCCAAGAGGAUGAGCUGCAGCUACCUGCUCUGUACUAUCCUGCUCUUUGUGGCUGUGCUGCUGGCUGUCACUGUAACUGGCACCAUCCUUUUCAUGAAUCACUACCAGGCCCCGCCGCUGUCCGACGGCCUACCGCACAUCUCGACCAAUCAGGAUGAAGCGAAUGCCCUGGUCACUGUUGAGAGAGGGGAUGGCUCUCGCAUCAACAUCUUCAUCGACCCCAACUGUCCCGAUUACAACAGUAACUUUUUGCGCCUGGAGGGCGUGCAGACGUCACUGCUCCACUCUCUUACCGACCACGACUCUGACCUGAAGUCAGUGAAAGGCCAAGAUCGGGCCCUGCUUGUCAGUCUGGCCGAGGAGGUGGCCAAGCUGUCAGCCCACGCAGGGCAACUGAAAAUGGACUACGAAUCCCUACGCAGGGGGCAAGGCAGCCUGGGUCAAGACCUUAACACACUGCAGACUGAGCAGGGACGCCUCAUACAGCUGCUCUCAGACAGCCAGAUCAACAUGGUGAAGGUCGUGAACUCCAUAAGUGAUGCUCUUAACGCCAUGCAGAAGGAGAACGUGGGCCUGAAGGCGCGUGUCAAGGCCGACUUGCAGAGGGCACCAGUCCGAGGUUCCCGUUUGAAGGGCUGCUCCAACGGCUCGCGCCCACGUGACUGCGGCGAUCUGUACGCUAGUGGUCAGAGAGAGGAUGGCAUCUACUCCGUGUUCCCCGUUCACCACCCCGCAGGCUUCCAGGUCUACUGUGACAUGACCACAGAUGGAGGAGGCUGGACGGUGAUCCAGCGCAGGGAGGAUGGCUCGGUCAACUUCUUCAGAGCCUGGGAGUCCUAUCGUGAGGGAUUUGGCAAGAUUACCGGUGAACACUGGCUUGGGCUGAAGCAGAUCCACGCCCUGUCCAUCCAGGGGAACUACGAGCUCCGUAUCGACUUGGAGGACUUUGAAAAUAGCACCGCAUACGCCCAGUAUGGUACCUUCGGCGUGGGCCUCUUCUCAGUGGACCCCGAUGAUGACGGUUACCCUCUGACUGUGGGAGACUAUUCUGGCAACGCAGGCGACUCUCUGCUGAAGCACAAUGGAAUGAAGUUCACCACCAAAGACAGGGACAACGACCACUCGGAGAACAACUGCGCCUCCUUCUACCACGGUGCCUGGUGGUACCGCAACUGCCACACCUCCAACCUCAACGGCCAGUACCUGCGCGGUCAGCACACCUCCUAUGCGGAUGGCAUCGAGUGGUCCUCCUGGACUGGCUGGCAGUAUUCACUCAAAUUCUCUGAGAUGAAGAUGCGACCCACCCGCGACACUGAAAAAAAAUGAACAUGACAAACAAAGAAAGGGAAAAGAAGAGGAAAAUUUUUUGAAACGGUACAAUCCAGACAGCUAGGCAGAAUAAUUUCUCUCCAUAUUGUUUAUCCACUAAAACAUAACUCUUUGAGUUUAGUUGACUCUUGCUGUUUUCCCCUCGAUGUGUCUCAUCCUUGUUGCUCCUCUUCCCGCAUCACUCAGCUAUAGUAGUCAUGCUGGCUGCCAUAAUCCCUCCCCUGGUCCCUUUCUUAAAACAAAAAGAAGAAGAAGAAUAAUAAUGUAUUCGUGACGCCCUCAUUUUUGAUCAUUUGGUUCCGCGAAAAACUGCACAGCAGAGCCCCGAGAGCCCACAGCCCACUGCGCAAGCUUUACUCAGUUUGACGUGGUGGUCCAACCGUCUCCCUACAGAAUCACACACCAGUGAUUUUCCUCCUGGCGUGUAACUCUGACCUCCCGUCUGUGCUGACAUGGCACUUAGACUGUCGUUCAGUCUCACUGCCCAUCGCAAUCUGUGAGUGGAGAGGGCUGCUCCCAACAUGACAUAGAAAGAUGACAACCCUAAACAGGAAUAUGGGAAGGAAGGAAAGGGGGGGGGGGGGGGCGGCGACAGGCGUGAACACCCAUUGUCUUUCGCCUCCGUGUCAGCACGUCAGUCUCCCAUGCCCGAGGUUGUGAGAUCGAGCCCGACCAGUGCGAUCAGUAAAACACAAAGAGGGAAAGCCCACUCCCGUCACACUAGCAUUUUUUUUUUCUCGUACGGUUCACUGAAGGCCGCCGCACCCCCUAGUCAAAAUACGUUCCCGGGCCACGAAAAGAAGUGUGGCGCUCCACCGUGCAGUGUGGAGCGCCACACCCGGAUUUGUGUGAAAUAAGAUCCGUCAGUGUCUCGGAUAAUGAGCGGGAGGCGGAGGCAGCGGGAACGAGGAAACAAUUGGACGAGGGCUAAAUUAGUCGGCGGAGAGGAGGGCAGAGGGAAUCAAAGGGGGGAAGUGGAAGACGCAGAUGAAUCAGAGAGAUGAGAAAAAGAACGAGACGACGGAGGAUCUCAUUCAUCUGACUUGGGCCAUUAGUGAGCAUAUUGGGCAAUGUCUGAUCCGCCUGCCAGCUGAGAACUGGCCAACUGAUGCAGCUCCACAGAUGGCAACCCAGCACUGUGUGUGUGUGUGUGUCUGUGUGCGUGCGUGUGUGUGUGUGUGUGCAAUUUGUUGUGAGACAGACAGAGUUUUCUAACUAUCAGUUUCCUGUCGAGAGUUCAGCAGAGCAUCUCGAAUCCCCACAAUGUUUAGCGCGGACACACUAAACACGAGAAACAUGAUGCAUGGCUGGCUUACCUCCGCUCUCUCCAUCAAGUGAUCAACACGGAACAACAAAGCCUCUAAAGUAUGGACAUGUACGAGACCGGCGACGGGUGGAAGGAGACCUUUGGGACCACGGAAUGAAUGUUGAACCUAAAGACUGUCUCAUAUUUGCCUCGUUGGUCUCAUUUCGUUGAACCUGUUUGGGGCCUCUUUUUUUGCCAACAACUCCUAUUCCCACCUCUAUGGUUUGUUCAUUUCUUGGGGGGGGGGGUUCUGUUCUUAUUCUCCCUUCCAGGUGAUUAGUUUGGGAUUUGUUUGUGUGACACGGUUUGUGAAACAGAAAGUACGUUGCUGUAAAAUAAGUCACUUUUUUCUUUUAUUUUGGAGUGGGAACUCUAGUGAGUGUCGCACAAACAACAUUGCCGAAAGCAAACAAAAUAAAAAGGAAAAAACAUGUUAUAAAGAAAAAAAUACACUAAGUCAACAUGAGGGCGGGAAAUUGUGAAAUCCCGAAUUUUCCGCCUCUCUCCUUUUCUUUUUUUUUAAAUCGGUGAAUCAACUUUUUGCAGUUUCAGCGGUUUUCUUUGGAUGUACUGAAAAGCUUUAAAAAGAAAAAAAUAUCUGUAGAUUUUAAUGUACAGUGUGUAUGACUUUUAGAGCAUGUGAAUCUGUUUUCUUACUAUGCUACAACACAAAGAGAACUGAAGCACAUGGACUUAAACAGAAUCCACCGGGUACAGAACAAAAACAGAAAAAAAGUGAAGCCAGAUGCAUUAACAGAACAUUUUUCCUUCCCUCCAGCUGGAAUGACAGGUGGGAGGGCCCGCACUGCUCUGAAAGUCAGAUGUGAGUGGAAAGGAGGAGUGUGUUCAGGCCUCAAGCACAUGCCCGUUCAAAUCUGCAGCACAAAUAUGAAUCUUUUUACAGAGGCACAAUACGGGAGAGAUUUGGACGCUCUCGGCACAUAAGCUGCCUCGCUGGAUGUUUCGCGACCUUUCUGACACCUUGGCUCCGUGAAGGUCCUCUGGCAGUGACGAGACAGUUUUUGGAUGUGUGCUGAAGAAUGUCGCGCCCCCCCCCCUCAACUGAUGGAGAAUUAACGCGUAGCACUGAGCAAUGUUUCGCCCAAUACCUCUUGACACUGGAACAGCUGUGAUGUUUUUCUGUCAUUCGCCGGUGCUCGGAACCGUCUCCCGUCGCUCUGUGUGUGUGUGUGUGUGUGUGUGUGUGUGUGUGUGUGUGUCUCUGCAGCACCACGGCUGUCCAACAUCAAAGCACAGACACGUUACAAGCGCGUGGUGAUGGUAUCAAGGCACAGAGUGGGAUGCGUGACAAUGUCAGGGGAUACAGCAAAGUGUGUCAGAAGCCACUUAAGGAGACGGAAUUGGACUACGCGUGAGAUCGAAUCCGUGUGCGUGUGCGUGCGUGCGCGCGCGUGUGUGUGUGUGCGUGCGUGUGUGCGUGUGCGCGUGCGUGUGCUCAACAGAGCGUCUACAGUCGUCUCUGUGUGUACAUAUAUAUGCACAUGCUUUGGUUUGUCCAUGCCGGUGUGCAUGAGACAGGCGAGAGAGAGAGAGAGAGAGAGAGCGGGAGGCUGAUUGCGUCUCUCUGUGGAACUUUGAAGUCAUGUGAUGCUUAUGUACAACUUGCCUCCCCCAUGCUAUUUGUGUUGAUUAACGGAGAGAAAAAAAAUUAUAAUGAACUAUUACUUAUUGUGAUCGUGAACCCAUUAGAGUGGACACCGACUCCUGGUACCGUGUUGACCUGCGCUCCCGCCCUGAAACCCCUUGACAACCCACUCCCAAAAAUCUCUGUUCACCUCAACACAACAUUGUGCUCCUUGUAUUCGUUAAUGCCCCCCCCCCCUUGUUAUUUAACUGUAGAGACACGUAUUAUUAUUAUUAUUAUUUGCCACGCACCCCCUCCACGUGUUUGUGGAGGGAAAGCCUCCGCUGCAGCUUGCUAAGACUCCAACGGAAGAGAUGAUAAAAGAGCGAAAUCUGAGGCUCUAAUCAUUCCGAGUUAUCCCGCUCAUUACAGUGCAUCAGCCCCGCCCUGAUCGAUCCCCGAGGUCCCCUAACCCUCUCACUCUCUUACUCCAUACCUUCUUAAUUGCCUUAGCCUCCGCUGCCAAUUCCCACCCUAAAUUCUCCUCUCUUCUCCCUCUAGCUCCAGACUCCCAGCAUCUUUAUUGCUCUGCUGUUUGCCCCCACAUGUGCUCCUCCGGUCCCAGCGCAGAACUAACUGUUUUCCUUUUUCUUUCAUCUUUGGUGAAGUACUAUAGAUUGUUUUUGCUGAAUCUUGAUAAUGUGUUUUAAUGUUCUCGUCGACAUUUAAUAAACAUUCACAUUUUAUAAAUGGGGAACACCUGAAGCGUCUUCUCUCCCCCCCCCUCUCAGUGCAGCCAUGCAUGCGUAUGUGACACUGCAGUUGAGGAUUUGAGUGUUUUUAAUCUGAAAAUGCUGAUGUGACCAAGCUGAACAAACAAUUGCAAUUUAAAGGUCGAAGAAUCAAAAACCCUUUUUCGGGACAUCCACCACCUUAAAGUAACAAUAGAAAAGGCCUCAUGCCUAGUUCACAUGUUUUUUAGCCCAAUUUUCCACUCACCGUCAAAUUGUGGAACUCGUGGACAAAAGCCCCAGAUCGGAGGCAAAUGGGCGCUCAAACGAACUCUUCAAAUAAGUGGUGGCUGGUCAACAAGUCGCUGCCUCCCACAAGCAGGAAAAACCAUCUUGGUGAAUCGGCAGCAACCACAGCCAGUCAGAGCUCUUUUUUCCUUUUUAAUGCUCCAUCUGAGAGCAGGAUGACGCUGAGGAUCAGAGAGGUGUCUCUGUGUGGACAGUUGUGUAACUGUAUUUCAGUCCGUGUGCGCGUUAUCAGACUUGCAAAUGUGUCAAGGAAUCUGCAAAUGCGUACUGAGAUUUGUGAAUGUGCACAAGAGGGCAACAUGAGGACACCAUGCAGUGCGAUCAGAGAGAGCACUUCGUGUAAUGUCAACUGCACAGAGAUCCGACGCCUUUGAAAGGCGUGUUGUCUGAACUUGGCCUUACCUCACUGAGAAUGUAAAUCUGCUUUAGGGACGGUGCUGAUAGUUUUGGCUCUAGUUGCAGAUUUCUUUUUUUAAUGUAACUUUUCUGUCCAAGCAACGUUUCUUUGUCUGAUUUAUGCCAAAAUGUUGUUGUUUUUUGCAACGUCUACCUGCGCGGAGCCAUUACCACCAAGAACAAUAUUAUACAGCAUGAUUGCUUUAUUAGAAAUUGGUAAAAUAUAUGAAUAGAGAUAAAAACGACAGGCCAAGUGGGAAUAUGUGAUCUAAUUAAUUCGCUUUUGGGUACGCUGCCAGCGAGUGGCCUUGGUCAAACUUUGCAGGGCUGUCACGGUCA